AUGAAUAAUCUGUACGAGGCAGCAACUUCUCUUUCGGUGCGUCUUUGGGAUGUGUCUGGGUUGUCUUGCAGAUACCUGGCGGCGUUGGGGAUUCUUCUUCAGCGGGCAGAGGCGGGGUGCACCGACCGGGAGAACCCCAGAUGCUGCACAGGAAGGAAUAACGAGUGCUUUGAAUUCACAAGUAGAAAGACUGUUUGCUACUGUGACACCUAUUGCCAGAGAACAGGAGACUGCUGCGCGGAUUACCAAGCCGUGUGUCAAAUAUCUGCUAUUGACUGUGUGGUUGGUUCCUGGGGUCCUUGGUCGGAGUGCGGCUCCCUGUGUGGCGGGGGCAGCAAAGAGAGGACCCGGCAGGUCACAGUGCCCCCUAGGAACGGCGGAACGCCAUGCCCGGACCUGAAGCAGAGGCGCGGCUGCUUCGGACACAGCCCUAUCUGCAACGCCGCUGAAGAGGUGGCAAAGAUUCUGCCUGAUUCCUACAAAAGGAACUUCAAGGACCCCUGGAGAAGGCCACACAUGUUGAUGAAGGAAGUGAAACCCAGUUACUGCGUGCACUUCCGGGUGAAGCAGGUGAGCGCGGCGUGUCGGCAGAGCCUCUGGAGCAGUCACCUGCUGAGGGAGAGGUCUGUCUGUGUCGAGUGUCACGGAGAAGCCAUGGGCAGCAGGAGCCGCUGUGAAGGGGACGGCCUGGAAGCUACGAGGACGUUCUGGACUGCAGCCUCUGUCCCGGGCUGCCAGGGCUCGUGGGUGCGGGAGUCCUCUCGAGAGCAGUGCAGGUGUCCGCAGCACUCCCUCAUCUUUGUAUAAGCUUGUCUCGCUGAAACCCACAGGACAGCUCCUGGAUGAUGAAGAAUCCUGCCAGCCACCAAGGACUCAACAACAGCACGACUAGAGAGAGAGCAGAAGUAUGAAGGAAAAGUCUUCUCUUCCUGCUGCACGCCUUCAUGUAAACCUCAUAUAAUAACUUUUCUCACAAAGCACAUCAACAAAACAUAGAUUUCGCCAUGUAAAUGUGUAUUUUUUUUUUUUCUCAACGCACAAAAAGAUGCCUAUAUGUCUUUUUACCUCUGAAAAUUUGCUAUCUACCUCCAUAUAUGCAGAUGCAUUUGAAAGAAUUAUUAUUUUGCUUUCUACAUUUUGUACUUUUUGUGUUCAUGGUUUUGUAUAAAUGGUCCUGUUUCUUAGAAGCCAUGCCCUCCCGUGGUAUCAGUAUUUCACUGUUCACAGACUUUGUGUAACUCCAGUUAGAACAGCAGCUGGGCAAGGCGAGAGAGAUCCGGCAGGCAGCAGAGAGACCAGGCUUGCAGAUUAGUGCUGUUCAAGCAAACUGGUCAUGAAAUUGGUUUGGGAUGUGACCUAGAGUAUGCGGGGAUCCUGUUGGUAGAAUCCGGGCUCUAGUAGCUUUUAAAUAUCUCACACCGCCCUUCACUAACAACCUGACUGAUUUCACAAGCUGAUUUUCAAUUCAUUCAACACCCCUCUUAGGGGAGCUUAUGCUGGUAAUACAGACCGCAAACCUGGUGUCUUUACAUUUGGUACACGGCUGUAUUCUAUGAUACUCUCAAUCAAGUUGCAUUACCAGGGCUGUCCACAUGAUAAUGUUUCAAUGAAGUAAUUUUAAUCUCUGGACAGAUCGAUGUCACAUACCACUCACUUAUUCAGUCAGAUAUACGAUUUCCUUUAAAUGGCGCUCUCCUGAGUUCCAUGGACAAUAAUAAUAAUACAUUGUGCAUUUACUUGUGUAGAAUUGGUCAUUUUAUUGUAUACUUACCAUUGUUUUUGUGAAAUAAAUGUACACUGCAUUUGUGUU